AUGAUGUCUUGGAGACCGAAUAUGGAUACAUCGCGGGGACCGAAACAACGUCGAGUGUCGAUUGGUGACAUCCCAUUCGUUAGACAUAAUAAGACAUCCCUUUUACGACUGCAGUCAUCAUGCACCUCAAAAACAGUGAUGGAAAAGUUAAGUUCUGGUCGAGUUGGGUCACAAAUGUCGUCCUAUCGGGAACCCCAGUAUCACAGCUCGCGACUUUCACAAAGCGCAAGAAGUCGACCACUUAGCUCGAGAACCUCAGGAUACCAGUCGGGUUUCUAUGGAAGUUCUGUUGAAGUAGAUCGUUACAAUGACUUUGGUGACCGUGGAUCGUCUACUGAUUACCCAUCUGAGAGAUAUGUGUAUUUUGAUGACACAGUCUCGCAUUGUGGUAGAGACACAGCGAUCGGAACAUGUACCUCUAUGUCAGUUUCUCAGUCACAGCUCCUGGAAAACAUAUCUGAAUUGUUGGACGAUGAUCCUGAUAAUGACGACGACCCCGAUGGUUCAGACGACGAUGAUGAUCUGGAUGAUAUAAGAGAGAAUGAUUUUGAGAAAGGAGGCCAAUCGGACUCUGCCAGAGGGCGGAUGGAUUCCAUUGCAUAUUCGACUGCUAUGGCGCAGUUAUUUGGUGGAAGUAGUGCUUGGUCAGGAAUCCGCCAUGCACAGAAGCAGUUGAUCGUCACUCCUGGAGAACGCGAUUUACUGAACGAUUUAUUGGUGAAAUACCCAAGCAAUAUGCCGUCCGAGACGGAAAAACUACCGGACAAAAAGAAGAUAAGGCCAAGUUCAGCAUCAGCCAACUUACAAACACAUUAUACGUUCGCAAGUGGACUGUUCGAUUAUGAAAAUCUUCGACCCCAAACAGCUGCUCCUGGGGUCGCUUCUGAACGAGCCCCUCAGGGCCAGCGACCCAUUACGCAUGGAGGGGCAAUUAGGCAACCCACAGAGAAAGCAUUGGAAGAGGAAGCAGAGGAAUUAGCGGGGGUAAAACGAGAGAGAAGACUCACAAUCGGCCCGACUGAUGGACUAGCAGAGUCAAAAGAAGCAUAUCGACCCAGCAACAAUGCGAAUGUAUUUUUCGGCGACGUGCUCAAGAAUAAGAUAGAAGAAAAGAUCAACAUCGAUCUUCUUGAAGACCUGAAACUUGCAUUUGAACAAGCAGAUGAGGAUGGUUCAGGACAGCUUGAUCUGGACGAAUUCAAAGAUCUCAUUAAGACAAAGUUAAACAUAGUUGGAGGAAAGGAGAAUCAAAUAGAUGCCCUGUUCUACAAAAUUGAUGUCAGUUCAGAUGGGGAGAUCACUUGGGAUGAGUUUUGUACAUAUAUGCAGCUGGAGUAUGCUGAGAAAGAAGAUUCAUAUCUCAGAUCUAAGGAAGUUGCAUUUCAUAUUCCUGCAAAGGUUGUCAAUACACCCCAUAGAGACAGUGUAUUGAGGAUAGGCUCCGAUGGGGCUACAUUCAUAGUGUGUAGCCAAGAUGGUAUAACAAGUUUCUGGUCAAGCAAUAUGCAGCUCCGAAAGACAAAAACUGUUGUUACUGCAGAGCAGAGUUCAAGACAGAAGCCAAAAUGGAUAACAGACUUCACUGUGAUGACACAAUACAACAAAUUCAUUGUUGGAACAGGGGAUCGUGAAAUCCAGUUCUUCGAGCUCUCUUCAUUUGAUCCUUAUUGUCAGAUCAGUGGACUUGAGACAGUUCCAUUGAAGCUAGACUACACAUACCUAGGAGAUGAUGAGUGCAUGGUCUUAUAUGGCGACAGUCAGGGUUGCAUCAAUAUUGUAGUGAUACAGUCUGCUGGUGAAUGUCUGAGAAUUUGGCACAAAAUGCCCAAGGUUGAGGGUAUAGCAAGUACCAGCAUAGAAAACAUAGCAGCAGGCCCCAACACUAGGUUCGUCAGGUGGAAGGUGCAUGGUGACUGGAUACAAGAGCUGAAAUACUAUGAGGAUCUCAGGGGUGUAAUCUCAUGUUCAAAUCAUGCAAAUACGGCUUUAGUCAUAGGUAGUACCCUAGGUAGCACUCAUGUUGAAGCUCAACUAAAAGAGAUUAAAGACCCAAAUGCAGUAAAGGACAAAGUAAAACAAAAAGCAGCUUACAUAUAUGCUAAUACUCAACGAAGGCUAGAAGCAGAUGAAACGGUCUUCAAAAUCUAUAAAGGAGUUAAAAGUUUUGAUUACUCAAUGAAGAAAAAUAUUCUAGUGACUGGAGGAAUGGAUAGAAUAGUGCGAAUCUGGAACCCAUAUGUGCCAACAAAACCCAUAAUGAUGCUACGAGGACACAAUGCUCCUAUAUUUCACCUGUUCAUAGCAGAGGAAGAGGAGAGAAUAUUUAGUAUAUCUACAGAUAAGGUCAUCAAGGUAUGGGAUGUGACAGACCAGAAUGCUUUGCUGACUGUCAGACCUAAAGCUCACAAGAUCAGGGGAGACCUCCAAUCCUGCCAUUAUUCCCCUGCAGCUAAAGCUCUCUGUGUAUCAACAGACCAACUGGCUUGUUUACAUCUAAGACUCAAGCCUGUUCUCCAUGCAGAUAUUGUCAUUACCCACAAGGAACCCAUACAUGCCUGUAAAUAUAAUGUGCAGUUCAAGCAAGUCAUAACCUGCUCUGAUGGCUCAACAAUUAAACUAUGGGACUUUGAAAGUGGUCGACCUGUGUUUGACUUCGGAGAGGCCCAUGGUACAGAAGCCAUCACGUGUAUGGACUUUGAUGGAACAGGGAGAAGACUGAUCACAGGGGGUAGGGAUGGUUGCCUAAAGGUCUGGAAUUACAAUAAUGGACAAUGUCUGAGGACUCUUACAAAAUCUGACACAGAGCCAGAAGAGGUGUGUGAUGUUGUGUAUGUAGAGAUGAAUAAAAAUAGGUAUAUAGUAUCCGUUGGUUGGGACCGCAGUAUAAACAUAUAUUCAGACGGAGACGAGGGUAGUAUACACCAUGUACAGAAUCCUCUUCCUCGAUGGUCUGAUGAUGAAAAUAACGGCCACAAAGAGGAUAUUCUUGCCAUUGCUCAAUGCCCGCCCAAUAAAAUCGCAACAUCUUCAUACGAUGGUGAAGUUAUUGUGUGGAACCUAGUCUCUGGUCAUAUAUUUUGUCAUUUGCACCCACCCGAUACAACGGCUGAAAAUAAUAAUGAAAGGAAAGCAUCAUGGGCGGGAGACCUUAGUGUUAAUAGCCUACUGUUCUUGAAGACCAGAGCUCAGAAUAAGGAAGCAGCCUCUCUGGUAUCCAGUGGGCCAAGGGGCAAGAUCCACAUCUGGAAUGUCUUCCAUGGGGGAAGCCUAAUGGCUUGCUUCCAAGCUGCUUGCACUAAAGACAAGUCAUGUAUGGUUACGGCCAUGAAGGUCAACUCGGAUGACACCAGGCUCUUCACUGCUGACAACCUUGGGUUCAUCAAAGUGUGGGACAUUGAUGGCUACUGUCUCACUGAGAAGGAGCCAAACCCACCUCCACUGAUAAAGGAGUGGAGAGGCCACAUUGAGAAUGUUACAUGUAUAGAUCUCAUAGAAGACUCCAGUAUGCUUUUAAGUUCAUCUCUUGACCACACUGUAAGACUUUGGACGUAUGAUGGCAGAUAUGUUGGAACAUUUGGACAGCCUGAUGAUUGGGAUAUCUACAAUCCUAAGACUUACCAAGAUCCCCAUGUCCCUUAUGAUGUACUGAAAGAUCCACUUAGUCUACCAGACCAUCCUGUCCUAGCAGAAAAGAAGAAUGUUUAUCAAGUCAUUCAUGAAGACUCUAGGAGAAAUUCAAAACAGGAAAAUGAGCAAAAUAUUACACCUGACCCCAUCCAGCUUCUAGCCAAACAAACGUACUAUGUAGAUGACGACACUAUAGCAAAUCAACUGAAAGAGAAGCCAUUCAAUAAGGGCACUGGAAAAAGGUUACGUCAUGAGAAGCUGAAACCAGUGAGACAAGACCGUGGAGGACCUAGUGAAUACCAAAUGUUGCGAUGCUAUGACCUUGAAGACACACCCUCACCAAAUGCCCCGAACAUUAGAGCGAAUAAAUUGGGCGAAUUUGAUUUCUUUGAUGACUGAUCAGUAUUAUUUUCCCCUCAGAUCAUGUCAUGAUAUUGUGAAUUUAUGGACAUUUAACGAAAACUGUCAUCAUGGCUAUUUUGUUUAUCCUAGCCAAAUGCAAAAUUUGCAUGGGUUUUUCAUGGAAUAUUGUUAUGAAAGUCAAAAUGUUGAGUUGAAUAGGAAAUGUCAUAUUGCCAUUCUGUUGAAAACCCAUGACUGUACUAAAUAAGUUAGAAAUUCUCAAGCAAAAACUGUUCUGGUGAACAGUGUUUCAAAGGCUAUUCGAUAUUCUUUGAAUCCAGAACAAGUUCCAUUUUACAAAGCGUGGUAUUACAAACCAGUGGGCAAGCCAAGAAUGUUAAUUUUUUAAUCACCAGACUCUGUUGCUAGACCCAUCUAUCAGUAAGGCUUUUUUCUAAUUUUUCUAAUUUGUGAAUGUUAAUUUUUGAAUUGAUUUUGCAAAAAAAGUUUUUGAUAGGGUACUAGUGUAUUUUUGUUUGAAUAAUAAAAUAUUUGUCAGAGUUAGCCCCUGGUCUAUAUUUUUCUAAAAUAUCUUACACAUGACCAGCAAUGAAAAUGUUUUAAAGGUCUGACUUUUGUUUUCAUGUCACAACCAAAAGUGUAGACAUAUUGUAAUAGUCUCCAACUUUUUUGUGUCCGGCGUUCCCCGCCUUUAACAUGGCGUCUGUAACAUAUUACGACGUGUAUAACAAAUGACAGGUGGUGACAUUUUGCAUGUUGAUAGCUUGUUUAAAAUUCCUCCUUUGAGAAAUAUUGACUAAACAUUGUGUAUCGUUUUACAUACUUGGACGUGUUUAGUGUAUAUAAUGCACCCUGCACCUCGAUUACGCUUAUAAAUGAUAUGCCAACAUCAUGACUUAAACAUGUUCUUUAUGCCUUUUAUUUCGGGGUUUAUUAAAAUGCAGUUUAAUUAAAGGAAUGGUAAACAUUUAAUUGCAUCAAGUGUUACCUACUAGCUAUGUUCUAUAUUAUCAUGGACAAAGCACUCCCUUUAACAUUUACUGUUCAUACUCAAUCACUAAGAAUUAUUGCAUAUUGUAUUGACAUUUUUUAAACAUGUAUAGAUUCAAUUUACCAUUACAAUGAUUUGUAUAUGUAAACUGUACUCAAAACUUUCAAAAUGCAAAAUGUAGUGCAAGAAGUACUUUUGUAAAUAUUGUAAAUGCACAUGCAAAUUAUGUAUAGUCCAUAUAUUUUUCCAUUUCGAAGAGAUGUAUCAAUUAUGUAUAUUGACUCACUUUUGAGUUUUUAUGAAUUUAUAUUUUUAUAAAUUCUGAAUCCGUCCAUGAAUUUCGUCCAUUUUUACACGACACACCGUAGUAAUGAACUAUUACGAUUAAUGUAUGACAUUACACGUUCAAGAAAAAUACACGAAACGUGAUGUAU